AUGAAAGAAAAAACAAAUAGAAAAUUUUAAGCUUAAAAUUGUGAUGCCUUAAUAGUUCAGGGACUUCAAAGAAGUUAUACCUUAAAGGCCCCAAUUCUAUCUGCGUAUUUUUUGUAUUUGGAGGAGGAAAGAUGGAAAGCUUUAAGAGAUUAAUCUAACUUAGCAAUGCAUGAAAUAGUGAAAUAAGCAUAGUACCUUUCUAACUAUAAUUAGUACAAAUUGGCAUUAGAAUCUCACAAAUGAAUAGAGAGAUGUUUAUUAAGAAAAGGCAAAAUAGAUAAAAAAUGAAUCUGAUGCAAAAGAAUAUAUGAAAAUGUUAGAACAAAGCUACACAAUUAAAAAAAAAAUAACGAAACCCAAAGAAAAGCCUAAACCAAAAGGCAGAAAAUGA